AUGUCGUCAAUUGAUCCAGAAACUCGUAGAAAAUUAUUAAGAUUACAAAAAACCGGAGAAAACAAGAAAUGUUUUGAUUGUUCUGGUCAUAAUCCACAAUGGGCCUCUCCAAAAUUUGGUAUUUUCAUUUGUUUAGAAUGUGCCGGUAUUCAUCGAGGAUUAGGAGUUCAUAUUUCCUUCGUUAGAUCAAUAACCAUGGAUCAAUUCAAACCUGAUGAAACCCUAAGAAUGGAAAUUGGUGGUAAUGAAAGAUUAAAAAAUUAUUUUGCUUCAAAUGGAGUUGAUUUAACAUUACCUGCAAAGGCGAAAUAUGAUAAUUAUGUUGCCGAAGAUUAUAAGGAGAUUUUGAGUUGUGAAGUUGAAGGGAGGGAGUUUGUGCCUAAAGAUCAUACUGGAAAGACUAUCCCUACUGGACAAGAAGAAUCUGCUAGAAGUUCAAGAGCAUCCACUCCUGCUGGGUUUGGAAAUGGUGGUGGUAGUAAUCGUGCUACUCCUGUGCCAUUAAAUAAUGAUCAAAGAAUAAAGAAUGAAUCUUAUUUUGCUGAUUUAGGGGCAAGAAAUGAACAAAGACCAGAACAUUUACCACCUUCUCAAGGUGGUAGAUAUGCUGGGUUUGGUAAUACUCCUCCACCAAGACAAGGACAACAGCAAAACGGUGGAUCUGCUGCUUCAUCAGCGUUCACUUUAGAUAGUCUUCAAACUGACCCCUUGGGGACAUUGACUAAAGGAUGGGGGUUAUUUUCUUCAUCAGUAGUUAAAUCAGUUGCUGAAGUUAAUGAAUCAGUAAUAAAACCAAGUUUAAAUACUAUUCAAACUAGUGAUUUUGGUAAUGAAGCAAAAAGAGCCAUGGCCCAAUUUGGACAAAAAAUGCAAGAAACGGGGAAAUAUGGUCAAGAAACUUUUCAAACUUUUACCAAAGAUAUUAAUGAACAAGGUUUGAAUAAGACUAUUGAUUCUAGAUUUGGUGGGUUGUUUGGAAGUGGAGGGGCUAAUAGUAAUGGUAGUGGUAGAGUUACACCUGCAUUUGGAUAUUCUAAACCUCAAGAACAUACAAGAUAUGAGCAUUUAUCUGGUGGACCAAAAGAUGAUGAUGAUAAGUGGGAUGAGUCGUGGUAA